GGAAGCCUCUUGGGCCGUUUUGGGGUGGUCUUGGGGGCUUCUUGGGCCGUCUUGGAGCGCUGGCAAGCCACAACGGCCAGCACACCACCGGAGCCAUUUUGGCUCGAGGCUGCAGUUGCACUCGCUGCUCCUUGCUCCCUCGGCAUACCAUGGCGGCGACACACGCUGUCGCGACCACGGACUUCAAUUCAGCGACAUGGUCUGAGAGAGCGCGCCACGAGGUCGCUUUUGUCGCCGUAGCGGCCAUAUCUGCGAUAGUUCUGUUGAUCGCGAACGAGACCACCCUCUUGCACGUCAACAAGCUUCCGUUGGUUGCUACCCUAGCCUCGUGCCUGGUGCGUUCGGUGGCCCUGGCUGCGCGCGCAAAGAUGCGCCAGAGCUUUUGGUUGCCAGUGUUCACCAUCUUUUUCGACUGCAUCGUCUCGACGUUCACUCACGUGGAAGUGCAGACCGCGUUCUGGAAAGAGCUUUACAAGCCAUUCGGCGUCCCCCGACGCGACACGGUGGUCCAGGAGUCCGAGUGGGUGCUUGGCUGGUACAGCCUCUUGCAUGCCUUCCUGCUGUACGUGUGGCUGUCCUACAUGACGCACUUCGUGCUGCUCGCUCGGCAGGCGAUGCUGGCCCUGCUGCUUGGGACCUCGGCCUUCGCUGGCUUGCUCCUCGCGGCCCGCUCCGUCAGCGAGUCGUGGGGCCAGCCCCAGGACGCGCAGAGGGAGUGUGCGGAGAUAUUCCUAUUCGCGGUCGGCAUGGUGAUCCAGGUCGCAGCGAAGUUUCGCGCGGAGAGGUCGUCGCGACAGUUUUUCGAGCACCUGGUCGAGUCGAAGGAAGACGUCGUCAGGCAGAAGGUGCUGCGCUGCCAGGCCGAGUUUCAGUUCGAGUCCCUGCGGCAGGCUUCUCAGGCCCCCCCCACCACCGGCAGCAUCGUCGACAGCCUGUCCCACUUCUCGCAGCGCCUGAACCCGCUGCGCGAUGGGCCUCGCGCGCCCUCCUCGCGGAAGAGCGCCCGCUCCUCGCUCAACCCGUCGGUCAAGAGCGCGCCCGCGGCCAUGCUCCCGUCCGCCCCGAAGGUCUGCGCGGACGCGGCUGCGCUCCAGGACGACGGGUGCCCCGAGGACGGCGUGGACUGCUUCCCGCCCUCCGCCACGGUGUGGGUGAGCGGGGAGGCGGAGCCCGUGCCAGUGGGGCGGCUUGUUCCCGGCCAGCUGGUGCUCUGCUUCGACUCCCUGGGGGGCACGGUGAAGUACGCCAAGGUCUCCGAGGCGCAUGCUGGCUCCGAGGCCAUCGACUGGGUGGAGGUGUCCCUCUCAGACGGGACUGCGCUCACCAUGACCGCGGACCACCCCGUGCAGGCCGUCGAGCGCAGCUGGCUUCGCCUGAAGGACACGCCGGUGCCCGCGGCGGCCCUCGAGCCGUUCAGAGACUACAUUAUGGUCCACAGGGUUGCCACGAUGCCGGUCGCGGUGUGCAGCGUCAAGCGCAAACAGGCCAAGGGCGAGCUGCGCGAGCGCGUCUCGGUGAGCGUCCACCAGCCCGACAGGUAUUCCAUCCUGGUCAUGGCCGGGGGCACGGGGACAAAUGUGGCCAGCAUGGCGGUGGGCUCGACGAACAUGACCGGGAUGAGGCGGCUCCAGGAUCAGGUGAAGAACACCUUCGUGCACGUCAGCCCCAACGGGGUCCCCAGCAAGCCGCGCGCGGUCUCGGAGCCGCGGGCGCGCGCGCGCUCCUGGAGCCACAGCGAGCAGCGCGCGGAGGCGGUGGAUUGGUGCAGCUCGGCCUCGUCCUCAAGCAUGCAGCCGCUGGAGGGCGCCAUCCCGCCCCGCGGCGAGGGCUCCGAGGCGAAUCAGGCCCUUGUCGGUCCCGACGGCCAGGCGGAGGUCGUGGUUCGACGGGCACCCGCCGCGGAGAGCGAGAAGGUGGCCCAGGACUGUCCCAGCGUUGAAAGAGUCGUACACGACGAGGGCAGGUGCCGGCCUUGCCACCUGCAAUUCAGGGGCAAGUGCCUGCGGGGCAGCGAGUGCAACUUCUGCCACCUCCCUCAUCGACAGGCAAAGGUGCGGGGCAGAAAGAUCCUGACGGCGGCCUGAGCACGGGCCUCAGAGGCGAGGAACGAAAUGCUGCAUAGCUACUUUCGAAGCGUUCGGAUGUCAGUGCGAGCUUUUGAAAGCUCAUGCGUAGGCAGCUUCCUGGUGUUUCCUCUAUAGAAAUCGCGUCGUCCAUUUUGCUCGCGUCAAGUUCAAAGUGCACAUGGUGCAGCCAGCUGGCCGCUACCUUGCCUGCCGCCGAUGCGCGGCGCACUGCUAGAUUGAAGCCCUGACCUGGCGAAAGCUGCUCGCCCCGUGUGCGGGUGAGGCUUCUGCGAGUCUGGCUCGGUUCAGGGACGAGGUCCUCGCUGGACGCGAGCCGCGGCCGCCACCUUGUAUAGGGGAGGCUCGGCGCUCUGCGUCGGGCCUGCUCUAGCCGAGGUGGCGGUGCGGCUCGCGCGCGCCCGUGUUCGCUUCUGUAAGAGCGACGCUGGCUCCUUCUGCACAUGCUCCGCCAGCUGGCGUGGCAGCGCGUGCAUUCUAUUUCAGGGCAUUCUUUACCAGGCACUGCACAUCCUCUGCGCAGCAGCAGUGGCUGUCAGUGGCGACCUUGUGGCUGGAACCAUCGCCGCUACCUUUGACCCAUCAGCGCUGCGCUCUGCGUGCAGAUCUUGGAUUUCCCCCUCGGGCCAAAGACACCUGCCCCCCCC